AUGGCCGAGAAGGUCGCAACUGAGCGCUUCAUGAGGGAAGCGGGCUUUGGACUUAGCCUCGCUAAUCAACGGCAGUGCCGUCUUUUCUGGAAGAGACUGUUCGAAAUGCGGAACCCAGGUGUCGACAAGAUCCUUUUAUACCGCACAAAGGAGUUCGAUCGCUUCUGCAAAAACCGUUCCUCGGAAGAUGGGGCUUCUUUGGUAGAGAUGGUUCGGCUCUGGGAGGAAAGAUAUGGCUUCCAUAUUAAACAAUUGGAAGAGCGGGUAGCUGAGGAGAGCAGGGCGAUUCGACAGGAAGUCUAUGGCUGA